CAGGAAGUCACCUCAUUACUGUUGCUCCUCUGAUCCUUUUCUAAACAUUGAUAAUACAUGUUGGUUGGUUUUCUGGUUGCACAUCUUCAGAUUUGAAAAUGCACUCGGAGGAUGUUGAUUGUGAUAUGCAGCAAGACCAUAACACAAGAAGACAGCAACAAGCACUUCAAAGACGUUACAGCUUCAUUCAACAGUGUUGCAAUCAUAAAAAACAAGUUGUCAUAGCAGUGUUUCUUUCCGGAUGCAUCUUAUCAGCCUACAGAGUAUUGGAAUAUAGGAUAAUAAUAUCUCCCAAAGGCCAAGAACAAACUACAUGUGACUAUUCCUUAGAAUUUGGACAAACUACAAGUGAUUCAAAUACGAAUGAAGUACAAUGGUUGAAUCAAAAUGGAAAAUCAUAUUAUAUUGAAACAAACAAACACACAUGGGAUUACGCUGAUACUUUUUGCAAGGAACAAAGUUCAAACCUCGCUGUAAUUACAAAAACUGAGGAACUGAACUUCAUAUUGAAUUACACUGCGGGUCAUACUUGGGUUGGACUCAAUAAAGUGAAUGGAAAAUGGAAUUGGAUCGAUGGGACAGCUUUCCACAGCAACAUAUUAAAAGAAGACAUUCAGCAAAUGAAGUCUGGGUUUAACUGUGCUAGUGUAAUGAAAGGUGGUUUGUUCUUUGCAGCACCUUGCAAAACUCAUAAUCACUGGGUAUGUGAAAAGUUAACGGAGCAGAAGUGACAUAUUAUCUGGGUGUGUUAAAAAUGUAUACU